AUGACGACAAUGUUGGCUUUACAUGCGCAAGACGCCUCAUCUGGGCUGGAGCUGAAGCAGCUGCCCAUACCCUCGCUAGGACCUGAAGAUGUACUGAUCAAGGUAUACUCGGCGGGAAUUACGCCAGGUGUAAUAAAGCUGCUAAAGAUGGGCCAGUCGGCCGUUCCAACCACUGUGGGCCACGAGGCCGCCGGUGUUGUAGAAAGUCUUGGUGACAAGGUCAAGGACGGCUUGAAUGUCGGUGAUCGCGUGCGCCUCCAUCCCAUUCUGUCAUGUGGUAAAUGUUCCCAGUGCCAGCUCGGGUUCGACUCCAUGUGCGAUGAGGCGGCACAGAUGGGGUUUGCCAAGUUUGGAGGAAGGACAGGCCUCUAUGCACAAUAUCACGACGGGGCGCUCGCCGAGUAUGUCCGUGUGCCGCGCAGGUUCGUUGAUCGCCUCCCUGACAACGUUUCCUUCGACAUUGGUGCCAAGUUACACGAUGUUGCAACUGCCUUGCGUGUCCUCAAGUUGGCUGAGGUUAACCAGCCCAACUCGACUAUAAUUCUCACAGCACCAACAGGAACCAUGGGCACGGCAACACUGAAGCUGGCAAAGUUCUUCCCCAAUAUUAAGAAGAUAAUCCUUGUGGGACGGAGAAAGGAACGUCUUGAAUCCAUCAAACACUUGUCCGAGGUUGAGACUGUUGUUUUUCCCAUCUCAGCACCACCCCAAGAUUCCAAGCCUUCACCGGGGCCUCCAGCGGGAGCCCUCUCUGGCCCUCCUCUGCCCUCCCCGAUCGUCCAGCAACUAAAGGAGCUGGCACCGGAGGGUAUCUCUGCAAUCAUUGAUUACAUUCCCGCUGGACCAACUCUCGGCCAGAUCCUACCAGCCCUAGCUACCCGUGGAACCAUUGUCCAUAUGGGCGGGAAUCCCACCCCUUUGCAGGUUCCCCUGGUUUUUAUCAUGAGCAAGGCCUGGCGCCUUGUGGGCAAUCGUGCCCACACUAGGGAUGACGCUCAGCAAAUCCUGAAUUGGCUACAAAAUGAAGAGUUUGUCAUAUCCGACCUCAUCACGCACCGUUUCCCGUUAAAGGAAGCUCAUCGUGCUAUCGAUACCAUAGAGACACGGGAUGAGGCUCUAUGGAUGACCAUUAUCGAAGUUAUUCCAGAGAAAGUCUAA